AUGCAUCUGUUUCUGGAGUGCGCUGUCUGUCUGGUAGGCUGGGACCAUCAGCCGUACUUCAGCGAAGAGAACCAGCAAGGAAAGACAUAUGCACGUCAUGGCGGCUUCAUCGAGGGUGCGGAGCUUUUCGACCUGACUUACUUUGGACUUGGCACGGCCGAGGCCAAGACAACAGAUCCGCAACAGAGACUUCUUCUCAAUGCUGCUUACGACGCGCUUCACGCCGAUGGAUAUGACAAGGGACUCCUGCAAAACGCUGCCAUGGCACCUUGGCCAGAAGACGCAACGGCUUGUGCUAAGGGUGUCUUCGCAGCCUUGAGCAACCUGGACUGGUACCAGCUGGCCCUUCCGCAAGCUGGAGUCUACACUGGCCCGGGAGUUUCAUGCGGCAUGGCCGCCAACCGAAUCAGCGUUCCGGCAGCAGAAAGAACAAAACAGUAUCGCUGGAUGAGAUGCUUGCCGUACUUGCUCUGCAUUUCAAGGCUACGUCUUCGGCCUCACAGGGCCGAGUAUGACAGCCCUCGUCUCACAAGUGUGGAGGAAGCCAUGCAUGUAGGUCUUGUCAUGAAUUCCGCAUGCUCUGCUGAGAUUGACACCGCUUGCUCAUCUUCGAUCUCAGCACUCCAUGCUGCGUUGCGGUCCCUGGAGGUAAUGGUGGCCUCGAUACACUGCACGGAGUGUUCGCAGCCGCUGAACCGGAUGCGAGAUUUUCACGAGCAAAGCUUCUGGCAGAUUGUAG